UAUUGUGAAUUGUGAACCAGGCUUUACUCUGUUAAAAUAGAUGGAAAAAUGCUGGCUCUUUGUAUAUUUGCUAGAUGACUAUGCUGAGGCUCUUAGAAAAGGCACUGUUCCUGGUGCUUAUGUGCGGUUAAUGUUCCUUGGGGGCAGGGGGUUCGGGGAAGAGCAGCUUACUCGAUGGCCUUAUGAAUGUUCCAUUAAGAAUGGCGGAAACCACAGCUGUAGCUGACACACGCACUGUGUCAUUUCAGUGGAUCAAAGCAGCAGAUAGUUGUGAGGAGGCUUGGAAAGAGCAUACUAGUUCUGACGAGGCUACAAGUUUAGCAGCUCAUUCUCAUAGUCUUGCUAUGAAAAAGAGGAGAGGAGAGGAAGGAGGAGGGUCCUAUAUCACUAACUGGGCUUCGGUUCCCGCAGUUGUUAGCUUUGGUUUGGCUGCUGGUGCUGCUUUUAUGAAGCAUCAAGGUAGUGGAAAACAAGUUAGUCGUGAGCAUAGGGAGAAGGUAUCAGAAAUAGCCAGCACUGCCUAUAGUGAAAUUAUCAAAGAAGCAAAGCAACAUAGUGCACAACAGCAAGGGAAACAUAAUCCAGAUGUUGUAAUGCACAUAUGGGACUGUGGGGGGCAGCCUGUGUUUCUUGAUAUUCUUGCUGCAUUUCUUACUCCUCGCACAAUGUUUCUUCUUCUUUUUGAUGCUUCCUCUAAUCUUGAGGAAAUGUAUAAAGAAAAAUGGCACCACCAUGGUAAACCUAUUAUGGGAAGGGAGCAAAAUAUCACACACUUGCAGCUAUUAAUACAAUGGUUGCAACUAAUCCAUUCUUCCCUUAUUGAAAAGAAAGAGCACUUGCCACUUCAGGCCAGUCUAAGCUCUGAUAUUAUUCCAAAGUUUCCUCGAGCCAUGCUUGUUGGUUCACGGAAAGACCAAAUAACACCAGAGGAAGUAGAGGGUGUAAAGUCUCAACUUCAGUCUGCCUGUGAUUAUGCUUCAUUUAGUAAAAUUAUAGUUGACAAGCUCCUUGUUGACAACACUAAGGCUGGGAAGGGUAAGGAAGAAGAUCCUGGGUACAAAAAAAUUCGUGAAAAUAUCAAUGAAUUUGCAAAAUCGCUUGUGGUAAACACUCCACUGGCCUGGGUUACUUUCAGGCAGGUUUUGCAAAAGGUUGCCGAGGAUAAGCCAAUUCUUUUAUACAGUGAAGUUGUUUUCAUUGCCGAGCAAUGCAAAAUUCCUACAGAGGUUGUACCAAGUGUGCUUCAAUUUUACCACCAGUUAGGUGCACUUUUACACUAUGCGAAUGUACCAUCUCUUGCCACUACAAUAAUAGUUGAGCCACAAUGGCUUAUUAACCAGUUGCGACUUCUGCUAAUGCCAGAUUGGUUUGGUCACCGACCUGACCAUCUGAAACUGUUUUGGAAGUGGUUUGAAGAAAGAGGUGUUGUUGUUGAAGAGUUAUAUCAGGAAAUAUGGAAAGAUUGUGAGCUAGAGGGGGGCCCACAAGCUCUUGUUGAUGUUCUUCUUCAUUUUGAUCUUGCUACCGAAAUAAAUGAAUGUCCAUAUGACAUGAAGUCUAGCCGAGGAAGAAAGUAUUUCAUGCCUUGCGUAUUGAAAGUAAAGCCUAAAUCAGAAUCAACAGAAAAUUCAGAGCCACCACAAUUCAAGCCUGUACGCGAAGCAGCUACUCUAUAUAUUUGUUUUAGUACAGGUUAUGUCCCGCCUGGUUUUUUUGUCCGAUUAGUUGCACACAUGUCUAACCGGGAAGGUUACACACCACUUUUAGAUACUAGAGAGGUGUAUCGAAAUAGUAUUUUGUUUAAGUGCAGAGAUAUUGACCGAAUAAUUGUGUCCGAAUCACUGGAAAGCAUAUCUGUGAGGUUUUUUCGAGUGGCAGAGCGAAAUAGACACAAUAUUAGAUUUGCUGAGUCGUGUAUUUUGCUACAGAGGGAGCUGGUUAGCAUGUGCAAGAAUGUACGUGACUGGAUGCCGUGUGUUACAGUCAACUGGCAUUUCCAUGCACAUGUUCACAAAGUGCUCCCAGGCACUUCGUAGCAUUGAAGCCUGGUGUUUCUUGCGAGUCCAAUCUGUUUUGUGCUCAUGACAAUGAGUAUGAACUGUCUCCUCAGCAAAGGUUCUGGCUACCAUUUCCAAGUGAACUUCCAGUGCAUUCUCCUGUUGAGGACGGUUCUCUGACUGAAACUGAAAUGAAGCUUGUGGCCAAGGAGAUAGAAAAUGAUUUAUCAGAUGUUGUUGAAGAAAUGGAGAUGCAAUAUACACUCAAAAAAAUUGCAAGGGCCCCGAGAAGGAGCAGGGAGCCAGCAUAUGCUGUCAUCUCCGAUUUUGUUGAGGGUGAAGGUGGUACUCGUUAUGAACUUGCUCAACUGUUAGAUAAUGCCGGCUUUGAUGAGCUAUCAAGGAAACUACUUAAAGGCCAGUUAAUUCAAGGCAGUCAACAAUAUGCUGAUCCGUUAAGAGAUACUCCCACUCUACCACAACUAAUGGCUUUUCCAAUGGUAAAUGGUAGUGCAAUUAACAUUCUUACAAGAAUUGGUGUUCGCUACAAUGUUUUUGGACCAUUCCUGCUGAAUGAUAAUGAUGGAUCCGUAACUGAUACCCUGAAGGAGACGUGUAUGAGAGAAUCGCAUGCAAUCAACCAAGAAAUUUCGAAACAGUGGUUGCAAGGUAAAGGGAAAUUGCCGGUAACAU